GCGCUGAAAAACCAAACCAAAUCAACUUUUAUUUUCUGAUUAGAAACUACUGUCCUUAUUCUUAAAAAAAAAACAAAAACAAAAACAGUAACCUUAUUAGUUGUCUUUGUGCCCCCCUUCUCUCUCUCUCUCUUUUUCUCCUUUGGCCAUGAUUGCAAGUAAGGAUCUUCGUAACGGUGUUGCUGAGUCUGAAGGUGAGAACUCCAGAAGCAAGUUGUCAAGGCCCAAUUUUGAGCCUAACAAGCGUUACCCAGAUAAGAAAGAUGCUGUAUUUCUCAGAGAUUCAGAUAUGGGUGCUGGUGGUGGUGUUCAUGUUGAUGGGCCCACCAAGGUUGUUGCUAGUAACUCAGGGUUACAAGAGCUUACCCUAAGUUACCUUUGUGGUAACCCAAAAUUUGAUCUUUCUGAGAAAGAUACUCCUGAUGAAAGUUUUCUGAAUUCCUUUGAAAAAAUGAGUCAAAAGGGUAAAGAGAUUAUGGUUUCUGAGAAUUCAAAUCAAGAUGGAAAAUGGGUUGAAAGAGAUUUCCUCAGUUUGAGUGAAACAAGAGAGGAUUCUUCAAAGAGAUCUGUUGAAGAAGAUGUUGAAAGAGAGAGAAUUAGGGAUAAAAAGCAAAAACUUGAGACAUUGAAUCUCUCUUUAGCUUUACCUGAUGUUUCACUUUCUCUCACUGCUUCAAAUGCUUUACACAACAAUGGUGAUCAACAACAAGUUAGGAACAAACCUACUCAUACAUCUUAUUCAAAUGAUUAUGCAGCUUCUUUGUCUUAUUCUUAUUCACACCCUUUUUCACAUAACCCAAGUUGCUCUUUGACUCGCAAUUCAACCGAUAAUUUCGAUUAUUCGAUGAGCAAAGAUGAUCAAAUUUGGAAUUGUGGUGAAGGGACUAAUGGUUCUGUUCAUAGCAGGUUCAAACCAAUAGGUGAUGGUGUUGUUGCUUUGUCCAAUCAUGGUGGUGUUCUUAGUUCCUUCAUGCAACAACAAGGUACUAAUAAUAAUAGUCAGUAUAAAACUACUAGUUCAGAAAAUCAUUCAUUUUUUCCUUCUGAAUUGCCUGCUAGACCUAGAUUUGAAGCUCAUUCAGGUGAUUCUAGAGGAAGAAACUCUGAGAGUCUGAGAAUCUUGGAAGGUGGUUUAGAUGGUGGUAAUAAGAUGAGGAAGGUUUCAAGAAUUGUGAGGGAAAUUGUUUCAGAAUCUAUCCCUAUUGUUUCAUUGACAACUCAAGAGCUUGCUGAUGAAGUCAUAGCAUCAACUAAGGAAUACUUGAAGAAUCUGAUUGAGAAAAGUGACAAGAAAGAAGAAUUGGUCAACCUUCAAAACAGGCUUGAAAGAAGGUCUGAUCUUACCAAAGAGACUCUUUCAAAGUGCAACAAAGUUCAAUUAGAGAUUUUAGUUGCUGUCAAGAUGGGACUUUCGAGCUUCUUAUCCGGUAAUCUUCAAUUAUCUGAGAUGGUUGAGGUUUUCCUGUAUAAGAGAUGUAGAAAUGUUACCUGCAAGAAUUUACUUCCUGUCGAUGAUUGUGACUGUAAGAUUUGUUCAGGAAAUAAAGGGUUUUGCAGUUCUUGUAUGUGUCCUGUGUGUCUGAACUUUGAUUGUGCAAGUAACACUUGUAGUUGGAUUGGUUGUGAUGUUUGUUCUCAUUGGUGCCAUGCUGUUUGUGGCAUCCAGAGGAAGCUCAUCAAACCUGGACCUAGCUUGAAGGGUCCUUCGGGGACCUCGGAAAUGCAGUUUCAUUGUAUUGGAUGCGGACAUGCUUCGGAAAUGUUUGGGUUUGUUAAAGAUGUUUUCAUGUGUUGUGCAAAGGAUUGGGGACUUGAGACGUUGUUGAAAGAGCUUGAUUGUGUGAGGAGGAUUUUCAUGGGAAGCGAAGAUUGCAAAGGGAAGGAAUUGCAUUUUAAAACCGAUGACUUGCUAUUAAAGCUUCAAACUAAAAUAGUAUCUCCUUCAGAUGCCUGCAAUUACAUCAUGCAAUUUUUCAGCUAUGCUGACAACAUGUCGAACUUUCCCGCUUCUGGUUUUUCUUCAAAGGAACUGGCAUCCACUCAAGCCAACCUUCCAAAAGACAUACUAUCUCUUCCAAAAUCUAGUUCUUCAAUACCGAAAUACUCAUAUGACUCGAGCUAUUCUAGGCCACCACAUUCUGGUUCCUCGUCAAAAGACCUCAAAGCUUCCAUCUUAAGUGAACUGAAAAACGAUGCUGAUCUCCAAUUGGCUGCUUUACUAAGCAAAGGUGGAAUUGAAAGUUUGGAGAGCAUUGUGCGGAUAAAGGAGGCGGAAGCGCGGAUGUUUCAAACCAAGGCAGAUGAAGCAAGGAGGGAGGCUGAAGGAUUCCAGAAGAUGAUCAGGACAAAGACUGCACAGAUGGAAGAAGAGUAUGCUACAAAGCUUUCGAAACUCUGUCUGCAUGAGACCGAGGAAACGCAGAGGAGGAAGUUGGAUGAACUCAAAGUCGUGGAGCAUUCGUAUUUCGAUUACUAUAAAAUGAAAAAGAGAAUGCAAGAUGAGAUUGAUGGUUUGUUGCAGAGAAUGGAGGCAACAAAGCAGCAAUGGGUUUAACUUUUUAAUUUUAUUGUUUUCUGAUUCUGGAUACUGCUAAAAACAUGUUUAAUUUAUUGAACUUCUGCUUUGGUAUUCUGGUGGUUGUUUCCAGAAUGAAUGAUUUUUAAUUUAUAAGUUAAUGAUUUUGGUGUUUCAUUGUUCAUAUAUUUUGAGAGCAUAAUAAUAAUUUUUCCUAA